UGGAGCAUUUUUUCAGGGAUCUGAGCACCCGCACCCUUAAAGUAGAAGUCGUGGAACAGCUUCAAGAGAACAUUCCCAUCUUAUUGUGCAACUUGGAGAAGAUAUUUCCUCCUGGGUUUUUUUGACGUAAUGGAGCAUCUAGCUGUCCACCUUCCAUAUGAGGCAUUGCUUCGUGGACCUGUACAUUACGGAUGGAUGUAUCAGUAUGAGCGAGCCAUGAAAUAUUUGAAGGGAAAAGCAAAGAACCUUGCAAAGGUUGAAGGUUCUAUAAUUGCUGGAAGUUUGACGGAAGAAACUUCUCACUUCACAUCGUACUACUUUGCGUCAAAAGUACGUACUCGGAAAAGAGCUCCAAGGAGAUAUGAUGAUGGUGGUGUCGCGCCAACAUACGCAGUUGCUGGUGUUCCAGACAUCUUUAGCCAGAUUGGGCGACUGGGUGGAAAAUCAAAAGAGGUUUGGUGGUCGAGUGAAGAAGACGCUCAUAGUGCACACACCUAUAUUCUACUUAAUUGUACAACAAAUUCGAGCCUUUCAUCUUAGCUUCACAAGCAGAUCAAGUUAGCUACCUUCCAUACCCUCGGAUGAGAGAAUCGGGAAUAAAUUGGUUAUCCGUGAUCAAAGUUACACCUCGAGGACGAAUCAUAAGUGGAGAAGAACCACCAUUGCAAGAAGAACAGAUAAAUGAAGUCGAGGAACCUGAACAACAAAUUGAUGACAUUCUUCUCAUUGAUCCGCAUAAUCAUGAGUAUGAAGAUCUUACCGACGAUGGCACAGAUGAAGCUGUUGAAGACGAGUUUAAUGAAAAUGAU